UAUGCGCAGAGCUGUUGCGACUCAGAUCUCCCUCAUAUUAUAGUGGUUGGAUUUGAAAAGAAACAAUAAACCAAGUAGUUUAUUCUGCAAGUUGUGGCCUACCAGCUUGUUCCUGCUCUUAUCUAAUUCUUUGUUUCUAUCGUGGAUGGCAAACAUCUCCGAAGCUAAAUGGAAAAAAGCCUUGACUGCGAUCUUUGAGAAGCUGGAGAGGUCUCAGUACAAGAAGAUGGUGGAAUUCUACGAGAAAAAUCAAGGUCCUGCACAGAAAAGGCUCACUGCCAAGUUUAAGGAGGAGCUUCCUGAGAAGCUCAUUCAGAUGUUUGGCAUGGAUGGAUCCAUCUCUUUGGUCAAGGAAGCAAUGAAGGAGAUACCAAGGAACGACCCUGGUGUCCAGAACCUGCUGCGUCCAUUUGUGGACAAACUGGGAAAGAAUGAAGAAAACCAGGCAGAAGGUCCAAAGAUCAGGGGCCGACCUGAGCAGAUGUCAAACAUCUCAGAAGAUGUGUGGAAACACAACAUGACCACGAUCUUCAGAAAGCUGGAGAGAUCUCAGUACAAGAAGAUGGUGGAAUUCUAUGAGAAAAAUCAAGGUCCCUCACAGAAAAGAAUAACUGCCAAGUUUAAGAGGGAACUUCCUGAGGAACUCUUUCAGAGAUUUGGCGUAGAGGGAUCCAUCUCCUUGGUCAAUGAAGCAAUGAAGGAAAUACCAAGGAACGACCCUGGUGUCCAGAACCUGCUGCGUCCAUUUGUGGACAAACUGGGAAAGAACCAAGAAAACCAGGCAGAGGCCCUGAUCAGCUAG